CAGGCUGCCUCUUAGUCCACAAAGGAUCUGGCAAGGAUGAAGAAAUGGGGGAGCUCAGAUUCAGGGGAGUCUGAGGACCCACCACAAGAGGACUCCUGCCCAGACCCCCUGGAUGGAGACCCUAAUUCCAGGCCAGCUCCAGCCAAGCCCCAGUUCUUCCCCACGGCUAAGAGCCGUAGCCGGCUUUUUGGGAAGUGCGACUCAGAGGAGGCUUCUCCUAUGGAUUGCUCUUAUGAAGAAGGCCAGCCAGCCUCCUGCCCAGCCAUCACAGUCAGCCCUGUUGUCAUCAUCCAGAAGCAGGAGGACGGCCCCGUCUGUGCCAGGCAGCCAUCCCAGGAUUCUGUCACUGCUGCACCUGAGAAGAGCCUCAAGCUCUAUGAUCGCAGGAAGAUCUUUGAAGCGGUCGCUCAAAAUAACUCUGAGGAGCUGCAGAGCCUGCUGCUCUUCCUGCAGAGGAGCAAGAAGCACCUCAUGGACAGCGAGUUCAAAGACCCAGAGACAGGGAAGACCUGUCUGCUGAAAGCCAUGCUCAACCUGCACGAUGGGCAGAAUGACACCAUCCCCCUGCUCCUGGAGAUUGCCCGGCAGACAGACAGCCUGAAGGAGUUGGUCAACGCCAGCUACACGGACAGUUACUACAAGGGCCAGACGGCCCUGCACAUUGCCAUUGAGAGGCGGAACAUGGCACUAGUCACCCUCCUGGUGGAGAACGGGGCAGACGUCCAGGCUGCAGCCAACGGGGACUUCUUUAAGAAAACCAAAGGGCGGCCUGGCUUCUACUUUGGUGAGCUGCCCCUCUCCUUGGCUGCAUGCACCAACCAGCUGGGCAUUGUGAAGUUCCUGCUGCAGAACUCUUGGCAGCCAGCAGACAUCAGCGCCAGGGACUCCGUGGGCAACACGGUGCUGCACGCGCUGGUCGAGGUGGCCGACAACACAGCGGACAACACCAAGUUUGUGACGAGCAUGUACAACGAGAUUCUGAUCCUAGGGGCCAAGCUCCACCCUACACUGAAGCUGGAGGAGCUCACCAACAAGAAGGGGCUGACACCACUGGCUCUGGCCGCCAGGAGUGGGAAAAUUGGGGUCUUGGCCUAUAUUCUCCAGAGGGAGAUCCAGGAGCCUGAGUGCAGGCAUCUGUCCAGGAAGUUCACCGAAUGGGCGUACGGGCCCGUGCACUCCUCGCUCUAUGACCUGUCCUGCAUCGACACUUGUGAGAAGAACUCGGUGCUGGAGGUGAUCGCUUACAGCAGCAGUGAGACCCCCAAUCGCCACGACAUGCUUUUGGUGGAACCUCUGAACCGACUCCUGCAGGACAAAUGGGACAGAUUUGUCAAGCGCAUCUUCUACUUCAACUUCUUCGUCUACUGCUUGUAUAUGAUCAUCUUCACCACGGCAGCCUACUACAGGCCUGUGGAUGGCUUGCCUCCCUAUAAGCUGAAACACACCGUUGGGGACUAUUUCCGAGUCACUGGCGAGAUUCUUUCUGUAUCAGGGGGAGUCUACUUUUUUUUCCGAGGGAUUCAAUAUUUCCUGCAGAGGCGGCCAUCAAUGAAGACCUUGUUUGUGGACAGCUACAGUGAGAUGCUUUUUUUUGUGCAGUCACUGUUCAUGCUGGGGACCGUGGUGCUGUACUUCUGCCACCACAAGGAGUACGUGGCCUCCAUGGUGUUCUCCCUGGCCAUGGGCUGGACCAACAUGCUCUACUACACCCGCGGCUUCCAGCAGAUGGGCAUCUAUGCUGUUAUGAUUGAGAAGAUGAUCCUGAGAGACCUGUGUCGCUUCAUGUUUGUCUACCUUGUUUUCUUGUUCGGGUUUUCCACAGGUAAUGGGCUUGCUCGGGGCUGGUGUGCACACUUCUUCCUGGAGAUAGAAGGGUUCGAUCCCAACCCCAUUGUCUCCAAGACCUCUCCCCCCAUCUUCUCCAAGCCUAUGGACUCCAACAUCCGGCAGUGCCUCUCUGGCAACUGUGAUGACAUGGACUCACCACAGUCUCCUCAGGACGAUGUGACAGAGACCCCGUCCAAUCCCAACAGUCCCAGUGCAAACCUGGCCAAGGAAGAGCAGAGGCGGAAAAAGAAGCGGCUGAAGAAGCGCAUCUUUGCAGCCGUGUCGGAGGGCUGCGUGGAGGAGCUGUUGGAGCUGCUGCGGGAGCUGCAGGAGCUUUGCAGGCGGCGGCGCGGCCUGGACGUGGCUGACUUCCUCAUGCACAAGCUGACAGCCUCUGACACGGGGAAGACCUGCCUGAUGAAGGCCUUGUUAAACAUCAACCCCAACACCAAGGAGAUUGUGCGGAUCCUGCUGGCUUUUGCCGAGGACAAUGACAUCCUGGACAGGUUCAUCAACGCUGCGUACACAGAGGAGGCCUACAAAGUGAAUUCCCUGUGA